CCCCAUUCAGAUAUCGCGCCCAUUUCGGCCACGGCCCAAUAUAAAUUACGCGCACAAUGUGAAUCCCGCCUUAUGCCGUGCCCCUUUUAUAGAAGCGGGAUAGAUUCAAAUUGAUACAGCGGCUGUGCCACGAAACCAUCCUCUGUCGUUUUUCGCAGACUUCAGAACCGACCUCACUACCUCUGUCAUCACAAAGCACCAGACCUACUGAACAUGCUGUGCUCCAGCGCCAGCCGCGCCAACGCGGCCCUGCCGCGGCCUGUCGCUGCGCGCGCUGCUGCUCGCGCGGCUGUUCGCGCUGUGCUGACCCCCGCCAAGGCCAGGAGGCAUUCUGCUGCUAUGCCCAGGAUUGGCGGGCCGGCUCGCUCAGUCGUGGUGUCUGCUGCUGACGACCCAAACAUGGACGACAUCGUCACGCUUGUUGACAAGACUCCGCUCAAGCUUCGCGCGAUGUUGUACAAGGCAAUCUUGAGGCUACAGGCGCAGGCGGCCCCGGCCCAGGUGGCGGCCCCGGCCCAGGUGGCGGCCCUGGCCCAGGAGGUGGCGGCCCUGGCCAUGGAGCUGGCGGCCCUGGCCAAGGAGAACAUGCACAUGACUGCGAAACUGGCCAGGACCACGCCACUGCUCGUGGCCACGCUCUAUGCUGCGGGCGUGGUCAACGCCCGCUCCUUCCUGGAGCACGUGGCCAAGAUGUGGAGGAUGGAGCAGCCCGGCGGCUACCAGAAGAAGCGCGUGGACGUCUUCAAGGACGGGCUGAAGGAUCGCCCGAAGCUGGUGGCGUGCCUGCUGCGGGACGUGCCCAGCUGGGCGCCCGCCGGCAUGAACGAGGAGAAGCAGGUGGACAGCCUGGCCAAUAACCUGGAGGCGAUUAUCGCAAACAGAAGCAACGAUAUCCACCCCUUUAACCCGGCGAGGGGGCUAGUUCUGGUCAGGGCCAUGCACAACGGGCCCACAGUGGCGGGCCUGGCCUGCCUCGCGGAGGGCGUGGACGUGCCGUGCCACAUCGAGGACGAGGAUGAAACGUCCAUCAUCGAGAAGGACAACAACGCCGCCUCCGCGUGAGGGACGGCUUGUGGCGCCUACUACUGGAUGUGCGGCCCUGGCGAUGCUGGGCACCCGGGCGUGGGCCGCUGUGUGCGUGGGCGUCAUCAGGCAGUUGAGGUAGAUAGUGCCUCGGCCCCAUAGCACCCAUAGCGGCGGCUUCAAUCGUGGUCGGCGUUGCUGGGGAUUGAGGUGUGCACCUGCAGUGCACCACUGAGGCUUGUGGGGCAAGACAGCCCUGCACGGCGGUAUAUCAGUGGGCUGGGGGGCGAUUUGCAGGGGGAUGGGGUUGGCGGUUUAGCGGCCGCUGACUGCCCCAUGCAUUGUGGCCAGUAGGCCUGGUUGGUGCUUUGGCAGGGGCGGCAGCAGUGGCAGCGUUGCCCAUUGGAUGGCGGUGGGCGCGGCCGCGGCAGCAGAAGAGAAGAGGGCCGCAGCUGGGGGUCAGCUGCGGCUGCGAUGUGUGUCAGGUUCAUUUGACAAUGCGGUGGUAAUGGCAAACAGUGGCAGGCGAUGGGGUUUGAUGGGAAUCAAGACGCCUGAUGGGAACAUAGACGCCUCGACACAUAAAGGGACUGCGUUGGCUAUGACUGCUCACUGUGGACGCAAACGUCCGGAGGCAGGCGGCAACACUUGUGUGUGUGUGUGUGUGUGUGUGUUUUGAGAAUGUGUGUAGGAUCCAUGGCUGGGUGUACUGCCGUAUGCGGUGGAAGCAUUUCCAAGCAUACGCCGUAACCUCUUCUGAUCGUGGAUGACUUGGCAGUGCGGUAUGACCUGCGUGUUGCUGUGGACCUGCGUCUGUGGGCUGGCUGGCGAGCAUUUCCGCAGCCUUGUUCUACACGGCCCGGCUGAUGUGCUGCUGCUGCGUCGAUUCCCCCGGUCCGGACAUACAUGCGAUGUUGUUGUUACAGGAUUGGAA